UCCUUCUCACUGUCGCAGCCCAGAUCCACGGUCGGGUGGCGGCUCAGUGAGCCCCUGCUGCAGGGAAGAAGCAAAGGGACAUCCAGGAGCCCAGGGCUGCCAAGGGGCUCCCACCCACCCUGCCCCGAGAACCCCCUUCCCAAGGUUGGGGACAGAGCAGGUGCAGAGACACCGCAGCCGCUUGUUACUCAGCCUCCUGAAUGAUGCCAGCCCAAGGUUCCCUAACCUCCAGCCUGGCCCUCCUGGUGCUGCUGGGCACAGUCACAGCAGGCCCUUUCUCUCCACGGUCCAAUGUGACACUCCCAGCCCCACGGCCUCCUCCCCAGCCAGGAGGCCGCACAGAACAGCCGGGAGGGGGAGGCCCUUCUUCUCAGCUUUAUGAGCACACCGUGGAAGGAGGGGAGAAGCAGGUGGUGUUCACCCACCGCAUUAACCUGCCCACUUCAGGUAGCUGUGGCUGUCCCCCAGGCACUGAGCCCCCCGUCCCUGCUUCAGAGGUACAGGCCCUGAGGGUCCGGCUAGAGAUCCUGGAGGAGCUGGUGAAGGGGCUCAAGGAACAGUGCACUGGGGGAUGUUGUCCUGCUGCUGCCCAGGCUGGCACAGGCCAGACGGACGUGCGGAGCCUCUGCAGUCUCCAUGGCGUGUUUGACCUGAGCCGCUGUGCCUGCUCCUGCGAGCCAGGCUGGGGUGGGCCCACCUGCUCAGACCCCGCAGAUACCGCGGCGCCCCCCUCCUCUCCCCCCUCAGCUUCCCGGUCCUGCCCAGAUGACUGCAAUGAUCAGGGUCGCUGCGUCCGGGGUCGCUGCGUGUGCUUCCCUGGCUACACCGGCCCCAGCUGUAGCUGGCCCUCCUGCCCGGGGGACUGCCACGGCCGCGGGCGCUGCGUGCAGGGCGUGUGCGUGUGCCGCGCGGGCUUCUCCGGGGCCGACUGCAGCCUGCGCUCCUGCCCUCGGGGCUGCAGCCAGAGGGGACGCUGCGAGAACGGGCGCUGCGUGUGCAACCCAGGCUACACUGGCGAGGACUGUGGGGUGAGGAGCUGCCCCCGAGGUUGCAGCCAGAAGGGGCGCUGCGAGGACGGGCGCUGCGUCUGUGACCCUGGCUACGCUGGCGAGGACUGCGGCUCUCGGAGCUGCCCGUGGGACUGUGGCGAGGGCGGGCGCUGUGUGGACGGCCGCUGCGUGUGCUGGCCCGGGUACGCGGGCGAGGACUGCAGCACGCGGACCUGCCCCCGCGACUGUCGGGGCCGGGGGCGCUGCGAGGAAGGCGAAUGCAUCUGCGACCCAGGCUACAGCGGGGACGAUUGCGGAGUGCGCAGCUGCCCGGGCGACUGCAACCAAAGGGGCCGCUGCGAGGACGGCCGCUGCGUGUGCUGGCCUGGGUACUCGGGGCCCGACUGCGGCGCCCGCGCUUGCCCGCGCGAUUGUCGGGGCCGCGGGCGCUGCGAGAACGGCGUGUGCGUGUGCAACGCGGGCUACAGCGGCGAGGACUGCGGCGUGCGCAGCUGUCCCGGGGACUGUCGCGGCCGGGGCCGUUGCGAGAGCGGCCGCUGCGUGUGUUGGCCCGGGUACACAGGCCGGGACUGCGGCACGCGCGCCUGCCCUGGCGACUGUCGCGGGCGCUGCGUGGACGGCCGCUGCGUGUGUAACCCGGGCUUCACAGGCGAGGACUGCGGGAGCCGACGGUGUCCCGGGGACUGCCGCGGUCGCGGCCGCUGCGAGGGUGGCGUGUGCUUGUGCGACGUGGGCUACGAGGGCGAAGACUGCGGCAGGCGCAGCUGCCCCAGGGGUUGCCAAGGUCGCGGCCAGUGUCUGGAGGGGCGAUGCGUGUGCGACGACGGCUACGAGGGUGAAGACUGCGGCGUGAGACGGUGCACGCGCGACUGCAGCCAGCGCGGCGUGUGCCAGGAUGGUGUGUGCGCCUGUUGGGAGGGCUACACGGGCGAGGACUGCAGCCUCCGUACCUGCCCCUCCAACUGUCACCGGCGCGGCCGCUGUGAUGACGGGCGCUGCGUGUGCGACUCCGGCUACACCGGCCCCUACUGCGCCACCCGAACCUGCCCGGCGGACUGCCGGGGCCGUGGACGUUGUGUGCAGGGCGUGUGCGUGUGCCACGCGGGCUACAGCGGCGAGGACUGCGGGCAGGAAGAGCCUCCCUCCAGCGCCUGCCCCGGGGGCUGCGGGCCUCGGGAACUGUGCCGCGCAGGCCAGUGUGUAUGCGUCGAGGGCUUCCGAGGCCCCGACUGCGCCAUCCAGACGUGCCCCGGGGACUGCCGCGGUCGGGGAGAGUGUCGUGAGGGCAGCUGCGUCUGCCAAGAUGGCUAUGCAGGGGAGGACUGCGGGGAAGAGGUGCCAGCCGUUGAGGGCCUGAGGAUGCACCUCCUGGAGGAGACGAUGGUUCGGACAGAGUGGACCCGGGCUCCUGGCAAUGUGGAUGCCUACGAAAUUCAGUUCAUCCCCACGACAGAGGGGCCGAGCCCCCCAUUCACAGCACGGGUGCCCAGCUCCGCCUCAGCCUAUGACCAGAGAGGACUGGCCCCCGGUCAGGAGUACGAGGUCACUGUCCGUGCCCUUCGAGGGACUAGCUGGGGCCCUCCUGCCUCCAAGACCAUCACCACCAUGAUCGAUGGCCCCCAGGACCUCCGAGUCGUGGCUGUGACACCAACCACGCUGGAGCUCAACUGGCUGCGCCCCCAGGCCGAGGUGGACCAGUUCGUGGUGUCCUACGUCAGUGCCGGCAACCAGAGGGUGCGGCUGGAAGUGCCCUCUGAGGCAGACGGGACGCUGCUGACCGGCCUGAUGCCAGGCGUGGAAUACGUGGUGACCGUCACUGCAGAGCGGGGCCGGGCAGUAAGCUACCCGGCUUCUGUCAGGGCCAACACAGGGUCCUCCCCCUCAGACCUCCUGGGGACCACUGAUGAGCCUCCUCCCUCAGGCCCUUCAACGACUCAAGGGGCUCAGGCCCCUGUCCUGCAGCAGCGACCCCAGAAGCUGGCAGAGUUGAGGAUGCUGGGCAGAGACAAGACAGGGCACCUCCGCGUGGCCUGGACCGCCCAGCCUGACACCUUUGCCCACUUCCAGCUGCGCCUGCGGGUGCCCGAAGGGCCUGGGGCACAUGAGGAGCUACUGCCAGGGGAUGUCCGUCAGGCUCUGGUGCCCUCACCCCCUCCUGGAUCCCCCUAUGAGCUGUCACUUCGUGGGGUCCCCCCCAGGGGCGAACCCUCUGCCCCUCUCAUCUACCAAGGCAUUAUGGACAGGGAUGGGGAGAAGCCUGGGCAGCCCUUGGCCCCACCACGCCUGGGCAAGCUGACAGUGACGGACAUGACUUCCAACUCCCUGCUUCUGCACUGGACGGUCCCUGAGGGCGAGUUUGACUCCUUCGUGAUCCAAUACAAAGACAGAGACAGGCCCCAGGUGGUGCCUGUAGAGGGACCCCAGCGCUCAGCCCUCAUCUCCAACCUGGAUGUCGGCCGCAAGUACAAAUUCGUCCUGUACGGGCUCGUGGGCAAGAAGAGGCAUGGCCCCCUGGUGGCUGAAGCCAAGAUCUUGCCUCAGACGGAUUCCAGCUCAGUGACUCCACCCCGCCUGGGAAAGCUGUGGGUGACAGAUCCCACCCCAGAUUCGCUGCACCUCUCCUGGACUGUCCCUGAGGGCCAGUUUGACUCCUUCGUGGUCCAAUACAGGGACAGGGAUGGACGGCCCCAGGUGGUGCCCGUGGAAGCUCCCGAGCGCUCGGUCAUUGUCUCCCCGCUGGACCCUGACCACAAGUACAGAUUCACUCUGUUUGGGAUUGCCGACAAGAAGCGGCACGGCCCCCUCACGGCCGAUGGCACCACUGCCCCAGAGAAGAGAGAGGAGCCCCGCCACCCAGAGUCCCCUGAGCAGCCCCUGCUGGGGGAGCUGACAGUGACUGGCACCACCCCAGACUCCCUGCGCCUGUCCUGGACGGUGGCCCAGGGCUCUUUUGACUCCUUCAUGGUCCAGUACAAGGAUGCGCAGGGGCGGGCCCAGGCAGUGCCCAUCAGGGGGCAUGAGAAUGAGGUCACCAUCCCCGGCCUGGAGUCCGACCGGAAGUAUAAGAUGAACCUCUACGGGCUUCAUGGCAGGCAGCGCGUGGGGCCUGUGUCCGUGGUGGCCACCACAGCCCCGCAGGAAGGCAUGGACGAGACCCCCAGCCCCACAGAGCCCAGCACAGAGGCACCAGAGCCCCCUGAGGAGCCCCUCCUGGGGGAGCUGACAGUGACAGGAUCCUCCCCGGACUCGCUGAGCCUCUUCUGGACCGUCCCCCAGGGCCACUUCGACUCUUUCACCGUCCAGUACAGAGACAGGGAUGGGCAGCCCAAGGUGAUGCGGGUGCCAGGGCACCAGGACGGGGUCACCAUCUCGGGCCUGGAGCCAGACCACAAGUACAAGAUGAACCUGUACGGCUUCCAUGACAGCCGGCGCGUGGGCCCCGUCUCUGUCAUCGGGGUGACAACUGCAGAGGAAGACACCCCCAGCCCCACAAAGAUGGAGGAGACCCCCAGCCCCACAGAACCCAACACAGAGGCCUCAGAGGCCCCCGAGGAGCCCCUCCUGGGGGAGCUGACGGUGACAGGAUCCUCCCCGGACUCGCUGAGCCUCUCCUGGACCGUCCCCCAGGGCCACUUCGACUCCUUCACCAUCCAGUACAAGGGCAGGGACGGGCCCCAGGUGGUGCGUGUCGGUGGCGAGGAGAGUGAGGUGACCGCUGGGGGCCUGGAGCCCGGGCGCAAGUACAAGAUGCACCUGUACGGCCUGCACGGGGGGCGGCGUGUGGGCCCCGUGUCCACCGUGGGCGUGACAGCUCCACAACCAGAAGAGACUCCUCCAGCCACCGAGCGCCCCCUGGAGCCACGCCUCGGGGAGCUGACAGUGACAGAUGUGACCCCCAGCUCCGUGGGCCUUGCAUGGACAGUCCCUGAGGGCCAGUUUGACUCCUUCGUGGUCCAGUACAAGGACGGGGACGGGCAGCCCCAGGCGGUACCUGUGGCUGCAGACCAGCGAGAGGCCACUGUCCCCGGCCUGGAGCCUGCACGCAAAUACAAGAUGAACUUCUACGGGCUACAUGGUGGGCAGCGCGUGGGCCCCCUUUCUGUGGUAGCCAUUACCGCUCCCCUCUCUCCAGCCCCAGGCACAGAGCCCCCCCUUGAGCCACGUCUGGGGGAGCUGACAGUGACGGACGUGACCCCGGACUCCGUGGGCCUCUCCUGGACAGUCCCCGAGGGUGAAUUCGACUCCUUCGUCGUCCAAUACAAGGACAGGGACAGGCAGCCCCAGGCGGUGCCUGUGGCUGCAGACCAGCGUGAGGUCACCAUCCCCGGCCUGGAGCCCAAUAGGAAAUACAAGUUCCUGCUCUUUGGGAUCCAGGACAGGAAACGCCACAGCCCAGUCUCUGUGGAGGCAAAGACAGUUGCUCGAGGUGACACCAGCCCAGGAACCCCACCCCGCCUUGGGGAGCUGUGGGUGACAGACCCCACCCCAGACUCACUGCGCCUCUCCUGGACAGUCCCCGAGGGCCACUUUGACUCCUUUGUGGUCCAGUUCAAGGACAGGGACGGGCCCCGGGUGGUGCCUGCAGAGGGCCACGAACGCUCAGUCACCAUCGGCCCUUUGGACGCCAGCCGCAAGUACAGAUUCCUCCUCUACGGCCUCCUGGACAAGAGGCGCCAUGGCCCCCUCACCGCCGAGGGCACCACAGAGGCCCGGAGAGCUGUGGACGAGGCUGGAACAAAACCACGUCUGGGGGAGGAGCUGCAGGUGACCAGCGUGACAUCAGACUCCGUGGGCCUCUCGUGGACGGUCCCUGAGGGCCAGUUUGACUCCUUUGUGGUCCAGUACAAGGACAGAGAUGGGCAACCCCAGGUGGUGCCCGUGGAGGGCAGCCUCAGGGAGGUCAGUGUCUCAGGCCUGGACCCUGCCCGCAGGUACAAGCUGCUGCUCUACGGGCUAUACGAGGGCAAGCGUGUGGGUCCCAUCUCCACCAUCACCAUGACUGAACCAGCUCCCAGGGAAGAAGUUGAAGCUGAGACUGAGGGCACCAGCCCUCCAGCAUCUGAGCCCCGUCUGGGGGAGGUGACUGUGGAAGAGGGCACACCACACACCCUGCAUCUCUCCUGGACCGUGACUGAGGGAGAAUUUGACUCCUUCGAGGUCCAGUAUACAGACGAGGAUGGGCAACUCCAAGUAGUCCAUUUAGGGGGCAACCAGAAUGACAUCACCCUCUCUGGCCUGGAAUCUGACCACAGAUACCUGGUGAGCCUGUACGGUCUCCACAAUGGGCAGCGUGUGGGUCCUGCGCACAUCGAGGCCCUGACAGCCCCAAAUGAGGAAGAGAAUGAACCUUCAGAAUCUCCCUCUACCACCCCUGAGCCUCACGUCACACCUCGCCUGGGGGAGCUGGCAGUGACAGACGCCACCCCCGAAUCCCUGAGCCUCUCCUGGACCAUCCCUGAGGGCCAGUUUGACCACUUCCUGAUCCAGUACAAGAACGGGGACGGGCAGCCCAAGGCUGUGAGGGUGCCGGGGUAUGAGGACGGGGUCACCAUCUCGGGCCUGGAGCCAGACCACAAGUACAAGAUGAACCUGUACGGCUUCCAUGACAGCCGGCGCGUGGGCCCCGUCUCUGUCAUCGGGGUGACAACUGCAGAGGAAGACACCCCCAGCCCCACAGAGAUGGAGGAGACCCCCAGCCCCACAGAACCCAACACAGAGGCCUCGGAGGCCCCCGAGGAGCCCCUCCUGGGGGAGCUGACGGUGACAGGAUCCUCCCCGGACUCGCUGAGCCUCUCCUGGACCAUCCCCCAGGGCCACUUUGACUCCUUCACCGUCCAGUACAAGGGCAGGGACGGGCCCCAGGUGGUGCGUGUCGGGGGCGAGGAGAGUGAGGUGACUGCUGGGGGCCUGGAGCCCGGGCGCAAGUACAAGAUGCACCUGUACGGCCUGCACGGGGGGCGGCGUGUGGGCCCCGUGUCCACCGUAGGCAUGACUGCCCCUAAAGAGGAGCCCCCUGCCAACCCCCCUUUGAAGCCACAGCUGGGAGAACUGACUGUGACGGACGCCACCCCCGACUCCCUGAACCUCUUCUGGAACGUCCCCGAGGGCCAGUUUGACCACUUCCUGAUCCAGUACAAGAACGGAGACGGGCAGCCCAAGGCGGUGAGGGUGCCAGGGCACCAGGACGGGGUCACCAUCUCGGGCCUGGAGCCAGACCACAAGUACAAGAUGAACCUGUACGGCUUCCACAGCGGCCGGCGCGUGGGCCCUGUCUCCACUGUCGGUUUAACCGCCUCAGAAAAAGACCAAGAAAUGACCCCAGCCCCAACAGACCUGCCCACCACAGCCCCCGAGCCUCCCGUCAAGCCACACCUGGGGGAGCUGGCAGUGACAGACGCCACCCCCGAAUCCCUGAGCCUCUCCUGGACCAUCCCCAAGGGCCAGUUUGACCACUUCCUGAUCCAGUACAAGAACGGGGACGGGCAGCCCAAGGCUGUGAGGGUGCCGGGGCACCAGGACGGGGUCACCAUCUCGGGCCUGGAGCCAGACCACAAGUACAAGAUGAACCUGUACGGCUUCCGUGACAGCCGGCGCGUGGGCCCCGUCUCUGUCAUCGGGGUGACAACUGCAGAGGAAGACACCCCCAGCCCCACAAAGAUGGAGGAGACCCCCAGCCCCACAGAACCCAGCACAGAGGCCUCGGAGGCCCCCGAGGAGCCCCUCCUGGGGGAGCUGACGGUGACAGGAUCCUCCCCGGACUCGCUGAGCCUCUCCUGGACCGUCCCCCAGGGCCACUUUGACUCCUUCACCGUCCAGUACAAGGGCAGGGACGGGCCCCAGGUGGUGCGUGUCGGGGGUAAGGAGAGUGAGGUGACCGCUGGGGGCCUGGAGCCCGGGCGCAAGUACAAGAUGCACCUGUACGGCCUGCACAGGGGGCGGCGUGUGGGCCCCGUGUCUACCAUAGGCGUGACCGCCCUCCAGGAGGUUGUGGAGGAGACCCCCAGCCCCACAGAACCCAGCACAGAGGCCCCGGAGCCCCCCACAGAGCCUCUCCUGGGGGAACUGACGGUGACAGGAUCCUCCCCAGACUCGCUGAGCCUCUCCUGGACUGUCCCCCAGGACCACUUCAACUCCUUCACCGUCCAGUACAAGGAUAAGGAUGGGCGGCCCCAGGUGGUGCGUGUCAGGGGUGAAGAGAGUGAGGUGACCAUUGGGGGCCUGGAGCCCGGGAGCAAGUACAAGAUGCACCUGUAUGGACUGCACGGGGGACAGCGUGUGGGUCCCGUGUCCACCGUGGGCGUGACUGAUCCAGACUACAAAGCCAUGACCACCCAAGCCCCAUCCACUGCGGCCCCCGAGCCUCCUGUCAAGCCGCACCUGGGGGAGCUGGCAGUGACAGACGCCACCCCCGAAUCCCUGAGCCUCUCCUGGACCAUCCCUGAGGGCCAGUUUGACCACUUCCUGAUCCAGUACAAGAACGGGGACGGGCAGCCCAAGGCUGUGAGGGUGCCGGGGCACCAGGACGGGGUCACCAUCUCGGGCCUGGAGCCAGACCACAAGUACAAGAUGAACCUGUACGGCUUCCGUGACAGCCGGCGCGUGGGCCCCGUCUCUGUCAUCGGGGUGACAACUGCAGAGGAAGACACCCCCAGCCCCACAGAGAUGGAGGAGACCCCCAGCCCCACAGAACCCAACACAGAGGCCUCGGAGGCCCCUGAGGAGCCCCUCCUGGGGGAGCUGACGGUGACAGGAUCCUCCCCGGACUCGCUGAGCCUCUCCUGGACCGUCCCCCAGGGCCACUUUGAUUCCUUCACCGUCCAGUACAAGGGCAGGGACGGGCCCCAGGUGGUGCGUGUCGGGGGUGAGGAAAGUGAGGUGACCGCUGGGGGCCUGGAGCCCGGGCGCAAGUACAAGAUGCACCUGUACGGCCUGCACGGGGCGCGGCGUGUGGGUCCCGUGUCCACCGUGGGCGUGACCGCCUCCCUGAAUACAGAGCCCCCCGGGGCACCCCGCCUGGGGGAGCUGGUUGUGGCAGCCGUGACCUCAGACACAGUGCACCUCUCCUGGACACUGGACCAGGGCCCCUUCAGCUCCUUCCUGGUCCGAUACAAGGAUGCACAGGGGCAGCCCCAGGCAGUGCCCGUGGGUGGACACCUCCGAGAGGUCUCGGUUUCGGGUCUGGCCCCGGGCCACAAGUACAAGUUCCUACUCUUCGGACUCCAGGAUGAGAAACAACACGGUCCAGUCUCUGCAGACGCAAAGACCCUCCCGGACACUAAACCUUCUCUCCGCCUGGGGGAGCUGACAGUGACGGACGUGACCCCGGACUCCGUGGGCCUCUCCUGGACAGUCCCCGAGGGCGAAUUUGACUCCUUCGUGGUUCAGUACAAGGACAGGGACGGGAAGCCCCACGUGGUGCCUGUGGCCUCAGACCAGCGCUUGAUCACCAUCCCCGGCCUGGAGCCCAAUAGCAAAUACAAGUUUCUGCUCUAUGGGCUGGCAGGCAGGAAACGACUGGGCCCCAUCUCUGCUGAAGGCAGCACGGCUCCCCUGAAGAAGGAGCGGCAGCGCCCACCCCGCCUGGGGGAGCUGACAGUGACAGAUGAGACCUCACAUUCUCUGCGCCUCUUGUGGACAGUGGCCCAGGGCCCCUUUGACUCCUUUGUGGUCCAGUACAGGGACACAGAUGGGCAGCCCUCAGUGGUGCCUGUGGCCGCAGACCAGAGGGAGGUCACCAUAGAGGGCCUGGAGCCUGGCAGGAAAUACAAGUUUCUGCUCUAUGGGCUCCUCAGAGGACAGCACCUGGGCCCCGUCUCUGUCCUGGGAAUGACAGCCCCGGAAGAGGACAUGCCAGCACCCUGGCACCUGGCCACGGAGGCCCCCGAGCCCCCUGAAGGGCCCCGCCUAGGGGCACUGGCAGUGAAGGACGUGUCCCCGGACUCCCUGCGCCUCUCAUGGAGCGUGGCCCAAGGCCCCUUUGACUCCUUCGUGGUCCAGUAUCAGAGCACAGGUGGGGAGCCCCAGGCCUUGCUCGUGGGUGGCGACCAGAACAAGGUCCUCGUGUCAGGCCUGGAGCCCAGCACCUCCUACAAGUUCUUCCUCUACGGCUUGCGUGAAGGGAAGCGCCUGGGGCCCGUCUCAGCCGAGGGCACCACAGGGCCAGCUCCUGCUGGGCAGACCCCCGGAGAGCCAGGGCCCCGCCUGUCCCACCUGUCGGUGACCGAUGUGACCACCAAUUCGCUGCGGCUCAACUGGGAGGCCCCACCCAAGGCCUUUGACUCCUUCCUGCUCCGCUUUGGGGUCCCGUCACUGAGCACUCUGGAGCUGCAUCCACGUGCCCCGCUGCAGCGGGAGCUGACGGUGCCAGGAACACGGCGCUCGGCCGUGCUCUGGGACCUGAGUCCAGGGACCCUGUACACCCUUACGUUGUAUGGGCUGCGUGGGCCUCACAAGGCCGAUGGCGUCCAGAGCACAGCCCGGACCCUCAGCCCAGCUCUGGAGCGCCCCCGUGACCUCCAGUUCAGCGAGAUCGGGGAGACGUCAGCCAAGGUCAGCUGGACGCCCCCACCGUCCCGAGUGGACAGCUUCAAAGUUUCCUACCAGCUGGCAGAUGGAGGGGAGCCACAGAGUCUUCAGGUGGAUGGCCGAGCCCGGACCCAGAAACUCGAGGGGCUCGCCCCAGGCGCUCACUACGACGUGACCGUGGUCUCCGUCCGUGGCUUUGAGGAGAGUGAGCCUCUCACAGGCUUCCUUACCACAGUUCCUGACGGCCCCACCCAGCUGCGUGCGCUGAACUUGACGGAAGGAUCCGCCCUGCUGCUUUGGCAGCCCCCCCAGGCCCCGGUGGAUACCUAUGACCUCAAGGUCACAGCCCCAGGAGCCCCCUCGCUACAGGGCUCAGCCCCUGGCAGCGCCGUGGACUACCCCCUGCAAGGCCUCGUGCUCCACACCAACUACACGGCGACCCUGCAUGGUCUUCGGGGCCCCAACCUCACCUCCCCAGCCAGCAUCACCUUCACCACAGGGUUGGAGGCCCCCCAGGACUUGGAGGCCAAGGAGGUGACCCCCCGCACAGCCCUGCUCACUUGGACCGCGCCCCAAGUCCCCCCAACUGGCUACCUGCUCAGCUUCAACACCCCUGGUGGACAGACCCAGGAGAUCCUGCUCCCAGGAGGGAUCACCUCUCACCAGCUUCACGGCCUCUUUCCCUCCACCCCCUAUAGCGUGUGGCUCCGGGCCAUGUGGGACCACAGCUUCACUCCACCCGUGUCCACUUCCUUCACCACUGGUGGACUUCGGGUCCCCUUCCCCCGGGACUGUGGGGAGGAGACGCAGAACGGGGUCAGCACCUCAAGGACCACCACCAUCUUCCUCAACGGCAACCGCGAGCGGCCCCUGAACGUCUUUUGUGACAUGGAGACUGAUGGGGGUGGCUGGCUGGUGUUCCAGCGCCGCAUGGAUGGAAAAACUGACUUCUGGAGGGACUGGGAGGACUAUGCCCAUGGUUUUGGGAACAUCUCCAAGGAGUUCUGGCUGGGCAACGAGGCCCUGCACAGCCUGACCAAAGCCGGCGACUACUCCUUGCGUGUGGACCUGCGGGAUGGGGACGAGGCCGUGUUUGCCCAGUACGACUCCUUCCAAGUAGACUCGGCCGAUGAGUACUACCGUCUCCACCUGGAAGGCUACCAUGGCACUGCAGGGGACUCCAUGAGCUACCACAGCGGCAGUGUCUUCUCUGCCCGUGACCGAGACCCCAACAACUUGCUCAUCUCCUGCGCCGUCUCUUACCGAGGGGCCUGGUGGUAUAAGAACUGCCACUAUGCCAACCUCAACGGGCUCUACGGGAGCACAGUGGACCACCAGGGAGUGAGCUGGUACUACUGGAAGGGCUUUGACUUCUCCGUGCCCUUCACGGAGAUGAAGCUGAGACCAAGAAGCUACCGGCCCCCGGGCAGGGGAGGCUGA